CGUAUGUAAAAUUGUUACCACAACUAGACUGAUGUUGUGAAAACCAUGCUGUCCCGCGAAUCCUCCAAGAACUCUUCGUAUAUAUCUUUACUUCUCACAUGCUUUCCAAGUCUAGACAUAGCAAUCCAACCCACGACCAAACAAAUACCUACUUGAACAACAUCUACAAUGACCACGGCGACUACAACCAAUACAAUAACCCUUAUGGUACCCAGAAUUCCAAAGCCAUCUCUAACGUUACGAGCUGGAGACGCAGCUCGCUCUCGGAGAAAGAGCCGAAACAUACUCCCAUUGAUCAACAUCACGAUAGCCAACGAGUUUGUCGAGGAGACACUGCCGGCUACCACACCACCGCCUCAAGGGAGCUUUAUUAGCCUCUACGCUCUGAACGACUAUCGCUUCCCCGUACCUUCUGGCUCUAUACUGACUCGACGUCAGCCUGUUCGAUCCAUCACUCCGCCGUCAAUACCUAUCCUCUGCGUCAACGGUCUUCGUCCUGUCUCAGCGGGUCGCUUUUACAGAAAGCCAGUCGUACUACGCCCUGGUCAUUCCCGCGUCGUGUCCCAUCCAGGCAGAUAUGAUGGGGCCUCCUCGUCGUUUGACCGACGGGCCAAUGGGCUACACGUACACGCCAACUGCGUCCCGUUUUAGCGAGCAAUUGGAGUUUUUCCUCCCUCCGGAACAAUAUAUACAUCACAAAACAUCCCACAUGUCUCUGGUCGUGUCGAUUUGUGGACCGGCUGAAAAACAAGUCAUUGUGUGCACGCCUGGAGCGGCACACGCGAUGGGCUCAGAGAAGAGGAAAGGCCGCAUUUUGAAAGAUGCGAGAAAGGUUUGGCGGUUCUUUAGGAAGCGAGUAUACUAGUAAGAUAUGGAGGACUGCAUAGUGGCAAAUUCAUAUACAAGAGCUCGUACCUAGGCAGAAGCGGAAAUGGAAUUUUUCGGACUGUUGAAGUCAGUUUAUGCUAGCCACUUCGCCAGGUCUAGAAUCAAUCAUAAUG